AGGGGCUGGGACUGAGGUUUGGGGGCGAGAAUUCCAUCCUGGAAUUGGCUCCGGGGCGAGAGCGAGGCAAAGCUGGAAGCGGCCUUGGGGAGCAGGGGUUGGAGAGGAAAGGGAUGAUCUGGGUGAGGGGAAUCUCCAAUAAAUUCCUGGAUGACACCGAGUUGUGUGGGAGUGCGGCCGUUGAGGGGCUCCCGCGGGGAGCUGGGAAUGUUCAUCCCGGAGAAAAGGAGGCUCAGGGGGGAAUUUCUGGCUCUGCACAAUUCCCUGACAGGAGAGGACGGCCGGGGAGGGUCGGGAUCUGCUCCCAGAGAAUAGGGGCGGGAGAAAAGGGAGGUUUGGGUCGGAUUUUGGGGAAGUUUCUCCGUGGGCAGGGAUUGGAAUUGCUCGGGGAGGUUUGGAGUGGCCAUUCCUGGAGGCGUCCAAGGAAUUGCUGGAUGUGAGGCUGGGAUUGGGCUCAGCUUGGAUUUGCUGGCCUUGGGAGAGCUUUUCCAAGCUCAGUGGUUCUGGAAUUCUGUGGGGAAAGAGAGGAAAGUUCUGGAGGAGCCUGGCCCGGCAGUGGAGGGGACAAAAAAGGGUUUGGGUCUCGUCCUGCGGCUUUCCCAAGCGGGAUUGGGAAAUACGGGGGAUUUUGUGGGGAAGAUCCUUCCCAGAAGAAAAGGGCAUGGAGGGACGGGACACAGGGAAUGGCUUCCCACUGGUUAGCCGGGAUUUUGGGAAGGAAUUCCUGGCUGGGAUGGAAUUCGCAGAGAUUUGUGGCUGCCUCUGGAUCCCUGGAAGUGUCCAAGUCCAGGUUGGAUCCACCUGGGAUAGCAGAAGGUCCCUGCCCGUGGAAUUGGAUGAUCCUAAAAGUUCCAACCCAAACUGCUGGAAUUCUCUGGAAUUCUCUCUUCCAUUCUGUUUGGGGGUGAGGAGGAAGAAGAAUCCCGGGAAAAAGGAAAAGAAAAGGACAUAAAUCCUUCCUAGGAGGGAGGAAUUCCAGCUUGGAAGCAGAGUUUCUCCCUCUGGACUGGAGAACGUUCCCCUGGGAGAGGAGGCCGGGAUGAGCGAGGACAUCCGGAUCCACUCCUGGCCUUGCUCCUACUACCUGGACGCCACCAAGCAAUGGAUCCCUGGGAAGCUCUCCCUGACUCCCGUUUCCGUCCGCUUCGCGGCCGACAAGACCGGGGAGCUCCUGGUGGAUUUCCGGCUCGCCGGGAUCGGCGAGAUCAAGAAGGAAUCUUCCCACUUGAUCUUCAGCUCCCUGACGGUCCUGGAGAAGGGCACCAAGCACUGGUUCAGCUCCCUGCAUCCCAACAGGAAUGUGGUCUUCAACAUCCUGGAGCAUUUCUGGAGGGAGCAGCUCUUGUCCAGCCAGGAGGCCGGAGCGGGAGCGGCUUUGGGAUCCAGCAAGGGCAAGGAAUUAACGGGAAUGUUGGAGGGAUCCCAGAAACGCCUGGAGGACACGGCCAAGGUGCUGCAUUCCCAAGGGGAGCAGUUCGACAACAUCAUGAGGGGGCUCCACAAGAUCGAGGGGGACAUGGAUGUGGCGGACAGGCUGUUGACAGAGCUGGAAUCUCCUUCCUGGUGGCCCUUCAGCACCAAACUCUGGAAAACCCCUCUGGAAUGGAAACCCAAGGAAAACCCCGCGGCUCCCAGCCCCAAAAACCAGGAAGAGAUCCUGCUGCGAAUCCCCGUGAUCAUCACCCACGGGCCGGAUUCCAGCGCCAAACCGGGAAAACUCACGCUGCUCCCCUCGGGCUUGGAGAUCCGGGAUUGCAAUUCCCAGCUCCUGCACCGCUUCGAGUCCCGGGAUGUGGAUGAUAUCCGCGUGCACACUCCCUACGAGAUCAGCGUCCGGCAGAGAUUUAUCGGGAAGCCCGACAAUUCCUACCGGCUCCUGGCAGCGCGGAUGCCCGAGGUCAUUCCCAUCCUGGAGAUGCAGUUCAGCAAGAAAAUCCAGUUUCUGGAGGACGCUCUCGGAUUUGCCGGAGCCGGGAAAUCUCCUGCGGCGGAUUUGGGGGCGUCCAUCUGGCAGGCAGAUCCGAGCAGGGAAAAACUUUCUGAGCGCGGAAUUUCUGUCGCAGCCGCGGGAUUCCUGGGAGCGGCGGCGAAUCCGGGAUCUCCGGCAGGAAGCGGGGAAGGGCCGGACAAGGAGCAGGCGCAGCUGCAGAAAAUUUCCCAGGAGGAAGCCAAGGAGCUCAGACAGAUCCUGAAGAAGCUGAAGGGCCUGGCCCUGGAGACCGAAGCGGAGCUGGAAAGGCAGGACGAGGCCCUGGAUUCCAUCGGCAGCUCCGUGGAUCGCGCCACGCUCAACAUCGACCGGCACAACCGCAGGAUGAGGAAGCUGACGUAACUCCCCGGCGGGAUCCCAGGAGCAUGCGGGAGCCGGGGUUUUCCAGGACUGGUUUUUUUCCCGAGACGCUUUGGGAAGGGUUUGGGAUGAGGUUUGGAAGAUGGCGCUGCUAGGGGUGAGGUUCUGAGAGGACUGAAGGUUCCUGGAUCUUGGAUGAUGGCUGGAUCUUGGAUGAGGUUUGGAUCUUGGAUGAGGUUUGGAUCUUGGAUGAGGUUUGGGUGUUGGAUCAUGGCUGAAUCUUGGAUGAGGUUUUGGAUCUUGGAUGAGGUUUGAAUCAUGGAUGAGGUUUGGAUCUUGGAUCAUGGCUGGAUUUUGGAUGAUGUUUGGAUGUUGGAUCAUGGCUGGAUCUUGGAUGAGGUUUGGAUCUUGGAUGAGGUUUGGAUCUUGAAUCAUGGCUGGAUUUUGGAUAACAACUGGAUCUUGGAUCGUGGCUGGAUUUUGGAUAACAACUGGAUCUUGGAUCAUGGCUGGAUUUUGGAUAACAACUGGAUCUUGGAUCAUGGCUGGAUCUUGGAUGAGGUUUGGAUGUUGGAUCAUGGCUGGAUCUUGGAUCAUGGCUGGAUUUUGGAUGAGGUUUGGAUGUUGGAUCAUGGCUGGGUCUUGGAUCAUGGCUGGAUCUUGGAUCAUGGCUGGAUUUUGGAUGAGGUUUGGAUUUUGGAUCAUGGCUGGAUCUUGGAUGAGGUUUGGAUCUUGGAUGAGGUUUGGGUCUUGAUUCAUGGCUGGAUUUUGGAUAACAACUGGAUGUUGAAUGGUGGUUGGAUCUUGGAUGAGGUUUGGGUCUUGGAUCAUGGCUGGAUCUUGGAUCAUGGCUGGAUCUUGGAUGAGGUUUGAAUUAUGGAUGGGGUUUGGAUCUUGGAUGAGGUUUUGGAUCUUGGGUGAGGUUUUGGAUCUUGGGUGAGGUUUGGAUCUUGGAUCAUGGCUGGACCUUGGAUGGUUGGGUCUUGGAUCACGUUUGAAUCUUGGAUGAUGGUUGGAGCCUUUUUUUUUGGAUGGAAAGAUCCAGAUUUCCAAUCAGGAUGAAACAAAACUCGUGGAUCCUCCACUACUAAACCCUGUAAAAAUAGGAAGGGAUGCGACAAAACCUGGCUUAAUUUUAAUUCAUUAAUUCAUUCACUAAUUAAUGUGCUUUUUCACUUUGCUGCUUGCCAGCCCAUGAAUUCCCUCUCCAGCUCUUUCCCUAAAAUCCUUAGGAGCCAAUCCUGGUUUUUUUGUUUUUGUUUUUUUUUUUUUUUUAAUUUUAUUUGCACUCAGUGGUGAUGAAACAUUUCAAGGCUUUUCCAGAAUUCCUAAAAAAAAAAAAAGGGAAUAUUUUCAAUGGAAGCCUGAAGCUUACACUUGACUCUGUUGAGAGCAGAGAUUCCCCCCUCCUAAAUUAUUGAUAUUCCAUAGAGAAAAUUCCCCAUUUCCUCAAUCCCUACCUUUUCCAAGGAGCUGUUGUAAAAUAUCAUUUCUUAAACUAUUAUUUUUUUUAAACUUUUAAUUUAAAUAUUAAUUUUGUGUGUUGGUUGCUAAUCCGACACUUCCGGUGCAAUAUUUUGAAACGGUGAAGCUUCAAAUCCUUGGAUUCAGUGGGAUUUUUUUUUUUCCCUUUUUUUUUUUUUUUUUUUUUUUGAAUCCAACCUAAUUUUGGGAGCAGAAGACACCGAACCGUGUCAAGGGUUUGUAUUCCUUCACCUUAGUUGGGACUGGAGUAAAAUUUAUUCCAAGUUUUUCCUGGCAUAUGCACUUUAUUGGAUAAUCCGGUGAUAAUUCCGUAUCCGUCAAUUAUUUCCUGGGAAUAAAAUCCUCUCGGUGCUUCUCCUGAUGUUUCCCCAUCCCCAAAUCGCUGCUGAUUUACCGGGAGAGGAAAAAGAAAACUUCCCACACCUCAUUUUUUUCCGUGGAUUUCCAAGAGGAUUUUGCACCAAAUCCGUGUUUGUUGAGGCUGGGAUGGGAUCUGGGAAUGGGACGAGUCCAACCCAGAAUUCCCAAAAGGAAAUUUUUUGGAUUUGAGCGGUUUUUGGGGGUGUUCUUUGUGCCAUAUUUUUUAUUGUCGUGGGGUUUUAGCACCGACUCCGUAUUUUGUGGGUUGUGCUGAGUCCAACAUAUCCCCAAAAAACUUGGAAUAUUCCUUGGAAAACCCAUCCUGGAGCUGUACAUUGCCUGAAUUCCAUGUGCCGGAAGGAUUUUCCACCUGUAACUCCUUCUUAUUAAAUCUCUUGGAAUUGUGA